AUGCCUACCUCUCUACGCAGCGAUUGCAGGCUCGAGACUAGGCGGGAUACGUCUGAGAGCUGCUUCAGCACACGACAAGCUUCUGGCAUGGCAGCAAAAUCGAGCACUAAAAAGGCGGGUUCCAAGAGAGGAACAGCCGAAGGGGCCGAAGGCGGUUUAGAAGGGCAGAAUUUCGGUGCUGAAGAAGCUAGUGAAAAGCAAGCAGCAGAUUUCCCAAGCCUUGUGCCAGAGACGAGUGGAGAAGCAGAUUCAAACGUUUUAGUGGAGCAAGACGAUGAGGGGGAGGAUAGUUAUUUAUACCAAACAUCUACUUCUUCUAUGUCAGCUGCUUUACGGCAUACGCGUGCUCAGGAAUCUCUGGAAGAGUGA